AUGGGAAAUCAACCUUCCAGCAGCCGUCGUGGUAGCAAACGCCGAAAAUCCAAGACCACGAGUGCGGCCCAAGAGGCCCGGGAUGCCCUGGUGACACUCCAAGAAGGCAUUUCCGCCGCUGCCAAGAACUUGGACGAAAGUGGAGCGGCUUCUCAAUUGAUUGAUUCCGUUUGUGGAGGAGAUUACUACGAUGAGAAUACCAGAAGUAGUGGUAGACGUAGCCGAAGGCCUCGUCGGAAUCGUUCGUACAGUGACAGUGAAGAUGAUGCGACAUAUGAUGAAGAAGGAACCUAUGACGAUGAUACUUAUACUGAUGGAUCACGGACAUAUGAUUCUUCGGUGCGAAACCGUCGGGACAGAGAGGAUGACGGCACGGUUGGAAGUAAUUCGUAUAUUACCGAGUACACGGAGGAGGAUGACUCCAAACGUCGAAAAGGCCGACGACCUUCAUCCUAUGACAGUGACAAUGACGAUGAUUCGAGAUCAAAAGAAGGCGCCAAUCCCACACGUGGAGCGCAGCCUCUUGCCAGUUCCUUUGCCAAACGGUGUUACUUUACCAAAGCUGGUAUUGGAAAGACUUCGCAACACUACGAAGGUCUUACUCUGACUGGUAAUGUUGUACUGAUGUUGUCUUCUGCCAUGAAAUUGAAGGGUUGCCCUACGAUUUGCGAUGAAGAUUUGAGGAGAGUGGAACAGACGUAUCCAAAUCAAUUCAGUCGUCUUCCCGAUGAGUUGUUGCUGAGUAGUGGAUGGAGAAGAAUCAGCAAGUACUGUCACUUUUCCAAGAAGCCAAUUCCUGAUGGCGUUCCAUUCUUUCAUUCCAAGAAACGAUUGCAUCACUCGGGUGGAUACUUUUUCCUACUGGCAAGUUCCGUUGGAAUGAUCCGACCAUGUGAUGUCGAACCACUUACCAAGGAUACAUUGGUUCUGUUGGAAACCGAUUUUCCAAACCAAUGCGAUGCUGCACCCCAAACUCUUGUCGAGGAUCCCAAUGCUUGGACUUUGGUCAACAAGUUCUGCUUCUUUUCGGGAGGACCCAUCAAUACCGAAGAAGAUGUCUAUUAUCAAGCUGACUUCGAUGGUAAUCCAAUCUUUAUGCUGGCCUUUUUAUCACCGUCUCUUACUCCCGACGAACUCUACAAGAUCAACAGCACCAUGGGUGAAACAGGCCUCAAGACUAUGAAGGAAAUUGAAGAAGUCGAAUCCAUUUAUGAUUUGACGGAUCGUGACUUUGAUGAUCUCAAGCUAUAUCACCUGGGCCCCUGCAGAGCUUUGGCUCAAUACAUUCUUCAGCCAACUGCAUGGACCAAGGUGCUACCGCCUCAUUUCAACGCUGCCCGCAAUAUUGCUAUUUCUCGUGCGCAACAGUGGCAAGCGGAACACGGCCAAAAAGAUUCCACUGAUCAUAGGCUGAAACCAACCUUGGACAAUGUGGCCGCUCAAAAUUUGGACAUGGAUGCUCCUGAUCCAGAUGACCCAAUAGUGUCCCCGACAUCCCCAUUUUUGCCGGAUGGUCGGUUCUUCAACAAGGAACCAUCUCCUACCGUUCCUACUACUCCAGUUUCCAACUCGUUUAGGGAAGAUGAAAAGAAGUCGGAAGAUGAGGUCGAGCAUAAGACGCAUAACGAACAUGGCAACGCGGAGAAGGAAGUGGAGGAGAAAGUUGUUGAGCAAAAGGAAACACCUUCUGCGCCAGCGCCUCUGGACACAUCCAUCGAGUCUAUCAAGAGCGGAGAAGGUGACUUUAUACCUAUCAAACGCGAGGGAUACACGUUGGGAAACACUCCCACUAGCAAUCCCGCCAGUCCCGUGUCAACUGGAAGUGCAAGUUCCGCAGCCAUGCGUGGUGCAAAAGAGCUCAUUCGAAAAAAGAGAGCCCAGCGAAUGGAAGUUUCGAAACGACAAUCAGGUUCUCAGCCUUCGUCACCAACAGACGAACGGGAUGGCUCGUCGUCCUCUCCUGCCAGCAAGAAUUCUUUUGGGGAUAUUGGUCCCCAAGACUCUUCCUUUAGUGAAGAAUCACAGAUUGACAAGAACUCGAGAAGGGCCAUGAUUGUCAAAAUGGCAAAGGCCCGAAUCUCCAACAACACACCAGUUGCUAGCGAUGAAGUAUCGGGAACCUCUUCCUAUCCAUCCGUCAAACAAGGCAACAGUGAUGGCAGUUGGGACAUUGCGGGUGACUUGGACUAG